UGUUUCAGUCUCUUUGCUGAAUCCAUUCCAUUGUAGGCAGUGUUUGGACCUUUCAUUCUGUUGAGUACAAACAGCUAUCAACACAAGACUAGUAAUUGAGUUUAGUACGAGAUAACGGGAAAGCGCGCGGUGUGAGUCAGGGAAAUGGUAGUACUUUUCAACUUUCAGUUUUCUCGGUGGACUUUCUACAAACACCUUACGCCACGAAAAUCAACAACGCUUUGUCAAUACAAAUCCACAUCCAAUUUCUCCCAUUUCGUAACCCUAACCUCCGGCCAGAAAAAUCAAAUUAAUCUCUACGUCGACACACUUCUUCAAUGGAACAAGCGUAUGAACCUAACUGCAGUUAAAGAAGUGAACGAAGUCAUGGAAAGACACGUGGAAGACUCCCUUGCGAUUUUGCCUCCGUUAAUCGAUUCGUAUCGCAUUCACUGCAGCACCUCCAUCGACAAGCUCAAACUCGUCGACGUUGGAACCGGUGCAGGUCUUCCGGGAGUAAUUUUAGCCAUUGUUCGACCAGAUUGGGAUAUAACCUUGUUAGAGUCUAUGAACAAGCGAUGCGUUUUCUUGGAGCAUGUUGUUGGUGUUAUUGGUUCCUCCAAUAUUCAAAUUGUAAGAGGAAGAGCAGAGAGUUUGGGGCAGAAUCUUUGCUUCAGAGAGAAGUAUGACAUUGCAGUAGCCCGGGCAGUUGCGGAGACCAGAAUAUUAGCUGAGUAUUGUCUUCCGUUGGUUCGUGUUGGUGGAUUGUUUAUUGCUGCCAAAGGUCAUGAUCCUGAGGAUGAAGUUAUGAAAGCUGAAAGCGCAAUCAAGAAAAUGGGUGCAUCAUUAUUGCAAGUAUGCUCAGUGGAAUCGCAAAGCCCAUAUGGUCAGCGUACUGCUGUCAUAUGUCUGAAGGAUCAUCCCACCCCAAUGAAAUAUCCCCGUGGUCCUGGUACACCUGCUAAAGAACCAUUGUAAGAUUCUUUGUCCUGGUACACCUGCUAAAGACCCGUUGGAAGAUGGAUACUCACUCUGUUGGCUGUGUUCUGUUGUUCUUUCUACUCAAUCCUAUCACUUUUCUUGAACCAUCCUCUGAUAAGGACCUCAUAUGAUGUGCACCAGUUACUUGACUUUAUGCUCACGUAGGAGGACUAGUUUUUUAUAUAAUUUAUUGUAACGGUAGUGUUGUAAUGAUUUUGUUUAUUACGAUAUUAUGCCUUUAUAUAAAUUAUUUUAUGUUUUUA